AUGACAUGUCAUCAUGUCCCUUGGAGUAGAUUCAAGACGGAAUUUUAUGAGAAAUAUUUUUUGCAUGCACUUCACACUGCAAAGGAGUUGGAGUUCACGCAACUGAAGCAAAUAAAUAUGUCUGUUGUUGACUAUACUCGUGAAUUCGACAACCUAUGUCGCUUCUCAAAAGUUUGUCAAGGAAAUCCAGCCGACUAUGAGGAAUGGAAGUGUGCUCACUAUGAGAAAGGACUGAGGAGAGACAUCUUUAACUACGUAUAUCCGCAGAAGCUAACGAAUUUCACUGAAUUGAAUAAGAAGAGCCAAUUUGCGGAAGAUUACUCCAUGAAAUGGGCGGUGCUACAGCAAGGCUAUGGAAAGACUGCUCCAGACGAACCGCAUAGGGCCGGGCUAGGUAUAUGUUACAAGUGUGGGAAGUCAGGGAAUAUAGCUCGAGACUGUCCACAUAGAAAAUGUCGGAAUGUAGCCGAAUCUGAUACUCAGACCUGA